CACUGCUGCCAUUGGGGUGCAAACCAUUGUUUCUACAUCAGUGGCCACCUGGUCAGAGUCCACAAGGGCUAGACCAGAGCUUGAUUUCCUCCCGGCCAUGGAAUCGUCCAGUCCUUACGUGGACCCCAGCUCAAGCACAGAGACAGGCACUGGCCCUUCCCCGAGUUCUACUGCUGUCACUGGGGGGUCGGGGACACAAGUCACCACUUCUAGCAGAAUACCCAGCCCAGGCCUUGCUCAGUCCACAGGGUCCUCAGACAUCAGCAGGCCUUCCGCACCCCCCGCCAUGAUAGAAUCUGAAAGAAAGCCCAUUGCCUUGCAGACCGGUCCUCCCGGGACUCCGACCCUGGAUGCACUUCCCUCGGACAGAUCAGCCACAGUCCCCUGGGCGGGGACCCACUCUGCGGUGACUCAGGGAUUUGCACAGGCAGAGAUGACCAGUCCCCGGAGCAGAGGUACCGAGGCUGUGACGCAGGUGAGCCCUCCCUCUGCGGAAGAGGCCGGCCCUGCCACAGCCUCAUGGUCCCCUGUCCCAUCCACAUUCCAAGGUCAUAGCACCUCCUCUCUAUCGAUGAGUUCAGGGCUCCCCACCACCCCAAGCCUGGAAAGUGGAGCCGGUGCUCCUCAGCGUUUGAGCCACACCUCGGCAGACAUACUGGCCACUUCAGAAGCCACUACCUGUACAGAGCAACUUCAUCCUUCUACACCCACAGCAGUGACCAAUGUGGGGAUCGCCGGUCCUAGGCAGGAACCACAUUCCUCUGUCCCAACUGACUCGGAGCCAGCCAAAGCCACGUCUCCAGUGGUUGCCACCUCUACCAGGGCGGAGGCCACGGUCCCCACACCCAUGUCCAGCGUCUCUGAGCCUGAGACAAGUCCCUCCUGGACCCCUGGAAUGAGAGCCAUGGGCCCCUUUUAGGGAGACCAGCUCAUCCACAGAGCUAACCUCUGUCCUUCCUGGGGUGAGCUCCGGUGCCACUACUCAGGUCUCCAGCACAGAAGUCACCUCCUCUCGUGGGAUACUCACCCCGCGCUCUGCCCAGUCUGCAAAGUCACCACGCAUCUCCGCAGAGACCAUCACUGGGCUUUUGACUUCCUCUGUUGUGACAGAAUCGGCAGAAAUAACUGGCACCACUCAAACGGA